GGGGCAAUUGACCGGUUUGUUUACUUGAAUUCUCACAGACUUUUAUGCGCAAUACACGAGAGACGACGAGUAGUUUGUGUAAAUAUCACAAUUCAAUUAGUAAUGCACAAAAGAACAUAAAGUCACGAUAAAGACAGUCGUCGUCGAAAUAAUUUCCAAGUUUUUUUGUGAUAAAGUGAUCGGGAAACGCGACCAAAAAAAUAUUUACUCGCAAAAACGCAAUUCGAGGAAGAAAGACUCGUAAAAAAAAAUAAACGAAAAAAAAGAAAGAACUUUCUGUGCGUGUGUGAGAAAUUCGAAAAAUUCUUUGUUUCGUUGCAUUCCGUUCCUGAUUACGAUUUUUUUUUGUCAAUUCAUUCCAAUUUAUUUGCAUUUCACACACAAAAAGGUCUUUAGAAGGAAAGUGCAUCGCACAGAGGACCGUCAGUGAGAGGAAAAUGAGAAAUUUUUGCAAAAAUCUGAACAAACGAAAACAGACGACAGCCGAAAUCUAAGAAAAAUAAUUUCUUUACUUGUCUAGACGGCAAAAACUCCUUUUGGAAGCGACAAAAAAAUUACGUGAAAUUUGAGCGUCUAGAGAAGCAUCUCCGUGAUGGAAUUAUGGACAACGAACAGCCCCAUCAGGAAUUAGUCAAGUGCGUGCUGGUUGGCGAUACAGCAGUUGGCAAAACACGUCUCAUCUGUGCCAGAGCUUGCAAUAAACAUGUUUCGUUGUCGCAAUUGCUCUCGACGCACGUUCCUACCGUGUGGGCCAUUGAUCAAUAUCGCAUUUACAAGGAUGUUCUUGAGCGUUCAUGGGAAGUCGUUGACAAUGUAAAUGUGUCGCUGCGUCUUUGGGAUACGUUUGGAGACCAUGAAAAGGAUCGUCGUUUUGCCUACGGGAGAUCUGACGUCGUUUUGUUGUGUUUUUCCAUCACAAAUCCCAUUUCGCUGCGGAAUGCAAAGGCAAUGUGGUAUCCGGAAAUUCGGAGAUUUUGUCCUCAGACCCCCGUAAUUCUCGUUGGAUGCAAAAAUGACUUGCGAUUCAUGUAUCGGGAUGAAACGUACUUGAGUUACUUUGGAGAUCGGAGUCCUUUUGUGAGAGCAACGCGCAAAUGUGAUCUCGUGAUGCCCGACGAAGCGCGUGCUGUGGCGAAAGAAUUGGGAAUUGUUUAUUACGAAACGAGUGUUUUGACAUAUUUUGGCGUCAACGAGGUGUUUGAAAAUGCAAUCAGAGCAGCACUCAUCGCACGAAAACAACAGAGAUUCUGGAUGGCGAAUCUCAAACGUGUGCAAAGACCGAUUUUACAAGCGCCGUUUAAACCGCCAAAGCCUCCUCCGCCAGAAGUAACUGUGAUGAACGGGACUUAUGCGAAGGACAUGCUUCAUAUGUUCAAUUCACAAUCGUACACGGAUUUAAUUUUAGUUGUUGGUACAGUUCGUUUCGCCGUUCAUCGUUUCAUGCUUGCCUGUAGCUCAAGUGCGUUCCAUCGACUUCUAACGAUGGAUAUUAGCGACAUGGGGGCUCGGAGUUCGAGUGAAAGUAGUGUCGUCAGCUCAACAUUUGGGGAAUCAAAUACGGCAGACUUUAACGAAGAUACAGAGUAUCUGAUAAGGACUGAACAAAAGCAGCAAGUGAGAAUGUGGGAACAUCUUAAACGACGUUCAAGUUAUCAAGCGCUUCCCACAACUGAACCAAAAAGAGAUUUUUACCGUGAUCUCCAUCACUCAAUUUUUCAAAGUAUUAGAAUUUUACAGGUAGAUAGUGGUCGAAACAAUUCCUUUAUGCAAACACAAACGAUCGUUCAUUUACACAGUAAGAUGAUAACCGCAACUGCGAUGUUGCAAUGUCUCAAAUUUAUUUAUACCGGUACGAUAGACAAGGAAUAUUUGGAUUUACAGACUGCAUCAAUAGGAUUAUUGCUGGAAGUACGCCAAGCAGCCGAAUUUUUAGAAUUAUCGCCGUUGUUGGUGUUGCUGAAUAACACACAAACGAAACAAAGUUUCAAAAAUGACGAGACAAUGAAGUUGUAUUCGAUGUACAUAAAAAAGAAUCUUGAAAAGUAUUGCAUUCAAAGCGGUAUCUUUAGCGAUGUCACUUUCGAGCUGGAUGAUGGCUUAAUAACAGCAAAUCGUGCCAUGUUGGUUGCCCGUUGUGAGGUAAUGCGUGCGAUGCUCGAUGGGGACUUUCGUGAAGCGCAUUCCAACUUGAUUUCGUUGCCAACUGUGACAGAAUAUACAUUCCAUAAGUUGCUGUGUUACCUCUACACAGACGAGAUUCCGCCGAUUUCUGUCGAAAAGUGUCUGAAUUUGUUGGAAUUUGCGAAUCGAUUGUGUCUCCCGCGAUUAUUGAAUCUUGUUGAGGUUAGAGUGAUCGAAGAUUUGACACGCGUAUCGCAAAGUGAUAAUGGAGAAGGCAAGGGAGAAGCAGUUGAUCAUUGUUUGAAGUUAUUGGAGACAGUUAAGUUACACAAUGCUCAUCAACUCGCCGAAUGGUGCAUGUCCUACUUGUGCGUCAAUUACAACACAAUUUGCAAGCGUUCGCAGAAACAUUUGAAGAGUUUGCAUCCAGAGAAUCAAGAAUAUUUGCGAGAACAUCGUUGGCCCCCAGUUUGGUAUUUGAAGGACUUUGACUACUACCAACGAUGCAUCAACGAAAUGAAUCGCGAACAACGCGAAGGGCACAAAGACAGUUUAACCGACGAAAAAGGAUGUCUUUGUUUCUCUGGAGUCUUUUCUUGGCUCUCAGGUAAAUCAUCGAAGAAGGGCGCGACGCAAGCAGCGCGAAAUCAAUUCAAUACCUCAUCGUCGAUCGGGACGCCGGGCGUGAGUGGGCAACUUUUGACGAAUAUCGAUGGCGUGAGUUUGCUGCGGAGCAAUGCCAAUUCCGUGGAUCAAGUUGAUGCGGAAGAACCCAAUAACGGGUUUCUCUGACGACGAUUGAACCACAGGCAGUUGAGAUCUUUGCGCUUUGUUGUCAUCUUGCCUGUGCUCUUGUGUUUCAUCUGUACGAUCUUAAGCCUCCUCAUUUUAAUUCAAAUUUACAAUUAAUUUGACUGUAAACUGUGAAAGUCGUGAACGAGCAUUUAAUUUAAUUUUUAAUUUUUGUGUUUUGCUAACAACACGUGAUAAGAUAAGAUAAAACGAAUGAUCAAAAAUGUGACGCAAGCCCAAAUGGUGCUUUUUGAAUUAAUUUUAAACCAAAUUAUUCCAAUAACUUUAAGAUUUAGACGUUUAAGAACAGCUUCGAGCUAGAAUUAGCAGAUUUUUAAAAAUAUUAAGAUAAAAAAUUUGCCAAUCUGUGUUUAAAAAGUAAACUCAAUCAUCACAUUUUUACCUUCAGGAAUAAAAUAAAAAUAAAAUUAAAGUUAAAAUUUACUUUAGAGACCGACAGCAGCUUUAAUUUUCACUUCCUUGCAUUUUCUGUAAAUAAAAAAAUUAGAAGUUGGUCAAAAAAUAGCGAAUUUUAAGUAGAAAAUGAACAAAAAUCAAUGCACUUACUAUAAAAUAAUACAAAACUCAUCAUAAAUUUAGCAACUGCCAUAAUUAAACAAAAAAAAUAAACAUUGCUCAUAAAAUAAUUAAAAUUCU